AAAAACCACCACACCAUAACACACCCUCACUUUCUUACCCAAAAAUUUCUCUCCACUCAUUUUAUGCCUCUCAAUCCCAACACCAACAACAACUGAACCCACCACACACUACACUCCUCAAUUUCUCAUUCCGAUUCCGAUUCCCCAUGGGUUGAAGUUGAACUCACUUCCUCCAACCACCACCGCGGCGGCGAUUUCCGAUUCUGAUCGAACAAUCUUCAAUUCAAUUCAAAUGGAGUGGGACAGCAAUUCCGAUUACAGCGGCGACGACGACGACGCCUCCUCCUCUUUCCUCCUAAACGACGACGUCGGACCCAUCCCUUUCCCUGUCCUCCAAACCGCGCCCUGCGGAUUCGUCGUCACCGACGCUCUUGAGCAUGACCAUCCUAUCAUCUACGUCAACGCCGUUUUCGAGAUGCUCACUGGCUACCGCGCCGAAGAAGUGCUCGGUCGCAACUGCCGUUUCUUGCAGUGUCGAGGUCCGUUUGCUAAGAGAAGGCAUCCAUUGGUGGACUCAACAGUAGUUUCAGAAAUUAGAAGAUGUCUUGAGGAAGGGGUUGAAUUCCAAGGUGAGUUGCUGAACUUUAGGAAAGAUGGGACUCCACUUAUGAACAGAUUGAGGCUGACACCUAUAUAUGGAGAUGAUGAUGAGAUAAUUCAUGUCAUUGGAAUCCAGCUCUUCACAGAGGCCAACAUUGAUCUUGGUCCUGUUCCGGGUUCUACAAUAAAGGAAUCUGUUAAAUCAUCAGAUGGGUUUCAUUCUUUCCUGUCCACAUUGCAUCCUCUUCCAGCCGGGGACCGGAAUGUGACACGUGGAGUUUGUGGGAUAUUGCAAUUGAGUGAAGAAGUAUUGUGUCUCAAGAUACUUGCUCGCUUAACUCCAAGAGAUAUUGCAUCAAUUGGUUCGGUCUCUAGGCGAUUAUAUGAGCUAACAAAAAAUGAAGAUCUUUGGAGAAUGGUAUGCCAAAAUGCAUGGGGCAGUGAAACAACACGUGUUUUAGAGACUGUUCCUGGUGCAAAGAGACUUGGAUGGGGUCGGCUGGCAAGGGAAUUGACCACACUUGAAGCAGCAGCUUGGAGAAAACUGACUGUUGGAGGUGGUGUUGAACCCUCACGCUGUAACUUUAGUGCUUGUGCAGUUGGUAACAGAGUUGUCCUAUUUGGUGGUGAAGGAGUUAACAUGCAACCUAUGAAUGACACCUUUGUAUUGGAUCUCAAUUCUACUAAUCCUGAGUGGCAACAUGUUCAGGUGAGCUCUCCUCCCCCUGGCCGGUGGGGCCACACAAUUUCUUGUGUCAAUGGUUCUCGUUUGGUUGUAUUUGGAGGCUGUGGAAGACAGGGCUUGCUCAAUGAUGUGUUUGUUCUGGACCUGGAUGCAAAGCCUCCAACUUGGCGUGAAAUUUCGGGAUUAGCACCUCCGCUUCCAAGGUCAUGGCAUAGCUCCUGCACACUUGAUGGUACUAAAUUGAUAGUUUCUGGUGGCUGUGCUGAUUCUGGAGUACUCUUGAGUGAUACUUUCCUGCUUGAUAUGUCGAUGGAGAAACCUAUCUGGAGAGAGAUACCAGUUACAUGGACUCCACCUUCCCGUCUGGGCCACACACUAUCUGUUUAUGGUGGUCGAAAAAUACUGAUGUUUGGGGGUCUGGCCAAGAGUGGCCCCCUGCGAUUCCGCUCCAGUGAUGUAUUUACGAUGGAUUUAAGUGAGGAGGAGCCAUGUUGGAGAUGUGUAACGGGAAGUGGAAUGCCUGGUGCUGGAAAUCCAGGGGGCAUAGCACCUCCUCCUAGACUUGAUCAUGUGGCUGUUAGCCUUCCAGGAGGGAGAAUUCUUAUAUUUGGUGGGUCUGUUGCAGGCCUUCAUUCUGCCUCCCAGCUAUUCAUACUUGAUCCAACUGAUGAGAAGCCUACAUGGAGAAUCCUAAAUGUACCUGGGCGCCCUCCACGAUUUGCUUGGGGACAUAGUACAUGCGUCGUUGGAGGGACAAGAGCUAUUGUUCUGGGUGGUCAAACUGGGGAGGAAUGGAUGCUAAGUGAGCUCCAUGAACUUUCCCUGGCAAGUUCUGCCAUCUAGAUUCAGUGAAUAAAUUGCAUGCUAUAAUGAGGGGAAUGCUUAUGUAGCAGAGUUGGCGGCAAAGGUAUGUGUUGGUCACUGAUAACUCUUGACAAGCAUUGCUCUGGUCAGAACGUUUGUGUAUUAAGUCGUUCCGCAAUGCAUUUUAUUAUAUGGCUGGUUCUGGCUCGAGAACAACAACUAUUCAAUGAGUGACACAAUACCAUGUUUGUUUGUUUUUUUGAGGUUGUGUGAGACUUUGCCCUUCAGUAUGCACAAUGAAUUAUUCUUCCUGAAUAGAUCAUCAGUAGUGUAUGAUAACAAGUAGAUCAUAUAUUAGGGUAGUACCUCACUUGAUUUCCCCAUGUGUUGUUUUGUUCAAAUUGUGUAAUUUGAACCAUGACAAAGGAUAGCAAAAAAAUAUGCAUGUUCAUAUUAACGUAAUUAGGUCUAUUGUAUGUAAUGGAAGUCUUCUGUUUAGAACGCGUCUGCUGACAUGGUGGGUGGUUGUACUGGAUUGUGCCCCUCUAAACAGGUGUAUACGGAAGUGAACGGUGCAGUUUGUACAUAUUUUCGUUUAUAUUGUGAUAAUAUGGAGUAUGGUAGCAUUUGUAUGGAUUACUGUUAUGAUUACUAUUACUAUUAUUCCUAUGAUCUAGGGCUGCUGUAUGGUUUAUUGCAUUGCUGUACAUUUUA